CUCAUGGCUUCUUAUAUGUGACUUGAGACACAGGCAACUUAGCUCUCACACUCUCCCUCUCUCUCUCUCUCUCUCUCUCGCUCUGUCUCAGUGUCUCUCAUGGAGUCAUUCUAUGCUUCCGUUUCCAUGAGCCCAACGUUCUGGUUCCUCUCGUUCGUGAUUCUUUUCCAACUGUGUGUCUUCAUACUCAAGGCCUACAGCAAAAGAUUGAAUCAGCAGUGUUAUCUUCUUGAUUAUGUCUGCUUCAAGGCAUCAGAUGACAGGAUGCUCAGCACCGAGAUGUGUGGGGAGAUCAUACAGAGGAACAAGAACCUCGGGCUCGAGGACUACAAAUUCCUGCUCAAGGUCAUCGUCGGCUCCGGCCUCGGCGAAGAAACCUACGGGCCGAAGGACAUAAUCGACGGCAAGGAGCUCGACAUGACGUCGCUCAACUCCGGGCUGGCGGAGGUGGACGUGGCCUUCAAGCAGACGCUGGACAAACUCUUCAGCAAGACGAAGAUGCACCCCUCCGACAUUGACAUACUCGUCGUCAAUGUCUCCAUGCUGUCGGCGAUGCCGUCGCUCGCCUCGAGGAUCAUCAACCGGUACAAGAUGAAGCAGGACGUAAAGGUGUUCAACCUGUCCGGCAUGGGCUGCAGCGCCAGCCUCAUCUCCCUGGACAUGGUCAGGAACCUGUUCAAGAUCCACGACGACGUGACCGCGCUGGUGGUCACGUCCGAGUGCAUAGGCCCCAACUGGUACGCCGGAAACCAGAGGUCGAUGCUCGUCGCCAACUGCCUUUUCCGGUCGGGCUGCUGCGCCAUGCUGCUGACCAACAAGCGGAGUUGCCGUGCUCGUGCCAAGCUCAAGCUCAAGGUCCUGUUGAGGACCCACCGAGGCGCCAACGACGACGCCUACGGCUGCGCCUUACAGCAGGAAGACGAGCAAGGGCUGACGGGGUUCUACCUUGGGAAGAGCCUGCCUCAGGCGGCCACCGAGGCAUUCAUCUGCAACCUCAGGGACCUGGCCCCUCGCAUUCUGCCGGUCAUGGAGUUGGCCAGGUACUUGGUGAACAGGUUCCUUCACAAGAAGUCUGACUCCGCCCAAGCCGGAGUGGACUUCAAGGUGGCGGUGGACCAUUUCUGCAUCCACCCCGGCGGUGCCGCGGUGAUCAAUGGCGUCGGGAGGAGCCUGGGGCUUUCUCAGUACGACCUCGAGCCGGCCAGGAUGGCGCUUCACCGGUUCGGGAACACGUCGGCCAGCGGCCUGUGGUACGUGCUCGGCUACAUGGAGGCCAAGAAGCGGCUGAAGAGAGGGGACAGGGUGCUGCAGAUCAGCUUCGGGUCAGGGUUCAAGUGCAACAGCGCCUACUGGGAAGUGCUGAGGGGCUUGGAGGACAAGGACGUGUGGGAGGACUGCGUGGACAGGUACCCGCCGGAGACGCUGGUCAACCCUUUCCUGGAGAAGUAUGCAUGGAUCAGGGAGCUCACCAGCCUACCACCAAUGUGAAUAGAAGGCCGGCCGUUUCCAGGCCAGUCCGGUGAACCUUCUUCUGUGCCGGCCAUCAGCCACGCCGGCCGGCGUGUUUUCGUACGUUCUUGUGAUCGUAUGAGUGUGAAGAUUGGUGAAAUGCUAUUGAAGUCAGGGUUAAGUUUAGAGUGCACAUGGGCGUGUUCCCCAUCGUAUGCCAGGCCUUUUAAUUGUUAGGUUGAUUUGUCUUCUGAUAAUAAAUGUUCUAAACUCCCCUCGAGGUGUUUGCUCGGCCAA